GCCGGAGCCGCGGUGUCCGGAAUUGCAGCUUGGCGCGAGCCGUCGGGAUCGGAGGCUUCGGCGCUGCCUGGGCCGUGCGGAGAUCCGGGUUUACCUUCCGUCCCCGCUCUGGACCCCGACGUGGGUGAGGCGGCCCCGGGAGCAUGAGCGGGCAGCGCGUGGACGUGAAGGUGGUGAUGCUGGGCAAGGAAUACGUGGGCAAGACAAGCCUGGUGGAGCGAUACGUGCACGACCGCUUCCUCGUGGGGCCCUAUCAGAAUACCAUUGGGGCCGCCUUCGUAGCCAAGGUGAUGUCCGUUGGAGAUCGGACAGUGACUUUGGGUAUUUGGGACACUGCAGGCUCUGAGCGCUAUGAGGCCAUGAGCCGAAUCUACUAUCGGGGUGCCAAGGCUGCCAUCGUGUGCUAUGACCUCACAGACAGCAGCAGCUUUGAGAGAGCAAAGUUCUGGGUGAAGGAACUGCGCAGCCUAGAAGAGGGCUGUCAGAUCUACCUGUGUGGCACUAAGAGUGAUCUGCUGGAGGAAGACCGACGGCGUCGGCGUGUGGACUUCCAUGAUGUCCAGGACUAUGCAGACAAUAUCAAAGCUCAGCUCUUUGAAACAUCCAGCAAGACUGGCCAGAGUGUGGACGAGCUCUUCCAGAAAGUGGCAGAGGAUUACGUCAGUGUGGCUGCCUUCCAGGUGAUGACAGAGGACAAGGGUGUGGACCUGGGCCAGAAGGCAAAUCCCUAUUUCUACAGCUGUUGUCAUCACUGAUACACCACCCACCUGGCCUGGGGGAAUUAAAUGUAUUCCCGAGGGGCUAGACCCAGCUCGUCUGGGCUUGGGUGGUCACAUGUCUGAGCUACCCCAGGUCCCCAUGGCAGCAGAGGUUGCACCUGCCUGUGCUGGCCCAUGGUACGGAGGCAGCAUUGAGCUGACUGAUGGAAACAAGGAGGGCUGAGGGCCGACUUGGACCCCAGGCUUCUACCCUGGACAGCACAUUUGUCUGCAGAUUAUUUAAGUGGCUUCUGACUUGUAAAUAAAAUCAGUGCACUGUGAAUCACA